AAAUCGAAUGUAAAUUCCGAUGGUAAAAAUGUUGAUGAUGAUGAUAGUUCUAGUGAUACAAGCGAUGAAUUAACAUUUGAAGUUCAACGAUGUGUUGUUCAUAUUGAUACUGGACAUAUUAAAUUGCCUAAUGAUAUGCCACGUUUUCCAGAUCGAACUUGUUUUAUAAAUGAAUUAAAUAAUAUUUUAUUACGAUUUAAUAAUUAUAUUCAUAGUAAUUUAUCAAAAAAAUCUUUUAAAACUAAACAAAAAUAUCAACAGAGUGAAGAUUGGACACAUAUUGAUGGUGAAAAUUUAUUAAAAGAAUCAAAUUAUGAACCAAGUCAAGCAUUAGCAAGACUUGCAGCAAUAGCUAAACGUGCUGGAAUUGUUAUUAACAAUAAUGAUGAUGAAAAUAGUAAUAGUAGACUAUCAUGUUUAUUUAAUGAAUCUGAAUUACAUCGAAUAUCAGCGAAUAAUUGUUUACGUGUAUCAUUUAUAAAUCGUUUUGCCCAAUUAUUUAGUCAAAUGGAUGCAUUUAUAUGUUAUCCACCAGUGGGCAAAUAUUCUAAUGUUGAUCAAUUGUAUUUUUCUGAUCAUAUUCGUUUAUAUUGUGAUUGUCGUGAUUUAACUUAUCAAUAUUGUUCAUUAAUUGUAAUGAAUGCACCAUUAGUUCGUCCACUUGAUAAUUCAUUUUCUAUAUCGAAUAAUUCUUAUUUAUUUGAAAAUCUUAAUGAAAGUUUACUUGAAUCAACAACAUCCAUAGAUAUAUCUUCAUCUUUUAUCUAG